ACCCGGCGGGAACGGAAAGCUAACUUCUUUCUUCUCCCUCCAAAGGUGGAGGAUUUUUUUUUUCUCCAAUUCUUGUUUCUAAACCCUAAUUUCUGUUACCCACGAAACCCUAGCAAUUUGGGGGUACGGUGAAGGGAAAAGAGAGAGAGAUCUAGAGAAAGGCAGCUCUUUGCGAAGCUUUGUGCCUUUCUCCUUCCGAAUAAUCUCAAUGGCGUGUGUCUCGGAUGAAACCCAGAUCGAAAUCGACACUCAAGACCACGUCGAAGCUCCGAUUCGCUACGCAUCUAUUGAGCUCAUGUAUUCAGUUCCCUCGUCGUCAUUGUGCAAUGUUGCCGUCGGUUCCCAGAGUCUGAUGUCCAAGAAGGUCAUCAAGGCCCAGAAGCUCUCGAUGAUUGAUCAAUUCGAGGUCCAAGGUAGCUGCGUGAGCUCCAUUGCCGACAAAUGUAAGCUGCUGACUCGGCGUCCUGAGAUUGUUUACGUUUACUGUCGCCGCCGUAAGAGGACACGGCGGGAGUCUUUCCUUGAGUCGGUGAACACUGAAAGUUUGAAGCUUGAUGAUGCAAGCGCUUGGUUUGAGGAAGAGAAGAAGCAGAAGCAAAGGAGGAUUGGUAAUUGCGAGCUGGAGAAAUUGGAUGUGGAUUGGAGUGGUCUAAGGAGUUGUGGGAAUAAGCAAAAUGGGUCAUCGCGAAGGAAAGGGAGCUCUGUCAAGAAUCAGGACAAGUUGUCUCUGGCUUCUACUUCAGCCAAGAGAUGGGUCAGGUUGAGUUACGAUGGUGUGGAUCCUAAAAGUUUCAUAGGGCUGCAAUGCAAGGUGUUUUGGCCGCUGGACGCUGUAUGGUAUACAGGUUCUAUUGCUGGAUACAGUUUAGAGAGAAAACGUCACAAUGUUAAAUACGAGGAUGGUUAUGAAGAAGAUAUAAAACUUGAUCGUGAAAGGAUCAAAUUUUUCGUUUCUCGUGAAGAGAUGAAUCUGUUACAUCUGAGCCUUUGUACUAGUGAUGUGACUCUUGGUGGCCAUGAUUACGAUGAGAUGGUUGUAUUGGCAGCUGCUUCGGAGGAUUGUCAAGAUUUUGAGCCUGGUGACAUUGUAUGGGCGAAACUAGCUGGUCAUGCUAUGUGGCCAGCAGUAAUUGUGGAAGAAUCUGUUAUUGGAGAGCGAAAAGGUUUAAACAACAAGUUAUCUGGAAGAGGAUCACUCUUGGUACAAUUUUUUGGCACCCAUGAUUUUGCUAGGAUAAAAGGAAAGCAAGCAACCUCAUUUAUCAAAGGGCUUCUCUCGCCAUCUCACUUGAAGUGCAAACAACCUCGGUUUGAAGAGGGCAUGCAGGAAGCAAAAAUGUAUCUGAAAGAACAUAGGCUUCCAGAAAGGAUGAGUCAACUUCAAAAAGGAGCUGAUUCCAAUUAUUCCGAUAGGGCCAAUUGUACAGAAGAAGGCAGCUCAAACUCGGGUGGUGAUCACUUUAAUGAUGGAGAAGUGUGGUUGAGACCAACAGAAAUUGUAGAUUUCCGGCAUCAAGAUCAUCCUACUGGUUACCGACCUGUUCGUGUUGACUGGAAAGAUCUCGAUAAGUGCAAUGUCUGCCACAUGGAUGAGGAGUAUGAGAACAAUUUGUUCCUGCAAUGUGAUAAAUGUAGAAUGAUGGUCCAUGCUAGUUGCUAUGGAGAGCUAGAACCUUGUGAUGGUGCUUUGUGGUUAUGCAACUUAUGUCGUCCUGGAGCUCCUGAUAUAACUCCACGGUGUUGUCUUUGUCCUGUAGUAGGAGGUGCUAUGAAGCCGACAACUGAUGGGCGAUGGGCUCAUCUAGCUUGUGCUAUAUGGAUCCCAGAAACAUGUUUAUCUGAUGUCCAAAAGAUGGAACCGAUUGAUGGGGUGAAGAAAGUCAGUAAGGAUCGCUGGAAAUUACUGUGCACCAUCUGUGGAGUAUCUUAUGGAGCUUGUAUCCAAUGUUCAAACUGUUCUUGUCGUGUGGCAUAUCAUCCACUCUGCGCGCGAGCUGCUGGUCUCUGUGUUGAGCUUGAGAGUGAAAAUCGAAUUUUCCUUCAAUCAACGGAGGAUGAAGAAGCAGAUCAGUGUAUCCGCAUGCUUUCAUUCUGUAAGAGGCAUCGACAAACUUCAACUGCCUGCCUAGAAUCAGAAGACAUGAUCAAAACCACUACUCAAAAAACUUCUGAGUAUCUCCCACCACCUAAUCCAUCUGGCUGUGCUCGUACUGAGCCUUAUAAUUUUCUUGGAAGAAGAGGGCGGAAAGAACCUGAAGCUCUUGCGGCUGCUUCUUCGAAGCGCUUAUUUGUUGAGAAUCAGCCAUAUGUUGUCGGUGGUUACUCCCGAAAUGAGUUUUCAACCUAUGAAUGCAUUCACGGGUCAAAAGUGUCACAGAUUAAUACUCCAACCAACAUCCUUUCUAUGGCUGAGAAAUAUAGCUACAUGAAGGAAACAUACAGGAAGAGAUUAGCAUUUGGGAAAUCAGGAAUUCAUGGUUUUGGCAUCUUUGCAAAGCUUCCGCACAGGGCUGGAGAUAUGGUGAUUGAAUACACUGGAGAACUUGUUAGACCUUCCAUAGCUGAUAAAAGAGAACAUCUUAUCUACAACUCAAUGGUGGGUGCGGGGACUUACAUGUUUAGAAUUGAUGAGGAGCGAGUCAUAGAUGCUACAAGGGCAGGAAGCAUUGCCCACCUGAUUAAUCACUCUUGUGUGCCAAAUUGCUAUUCGAGAGUCAUCAGCGUAAAUGGAGAUGAACACAUUAUCAUUUUUGCAAAGAGGGAUGUCGCUAAAUGGGAAGAGCUGACUUAUGACUAUAGAUUCUUUUCAACCGAUGAGCGUCUUUCAUGUUCAUGUGGCUUCCCAGGGUGUCGAGGUGUUGUUAAUGAUACAGAAGCCGAAGAACAACAGUCGAAAAUCUGUGUUCCUCGUUCUGCUCUAAUAGACUGCAUCUGAGAAAAGCUAUGAUACACCCUUUUUAUUGUUGUAGCUCCUUAUACUGAGAGUGAGAGCAAUGUGUUGUUAGUUUUGUUACAGUCCAUUUUUCUGUACAGAUAACUAAUUAGUGAGUAGUAACUAGACCGAUCACAGAAACUCUUUUGUAAAGCCACACUUACAUUCUCUUCUUCUUUUCAGAUUCCAUAGAGAACGAAAAGCUUUA